UCUCAUCUCAUCUCACCUCAUCUCAUCAGUUUAUCAGUCUUUACUUAUAAAUAUGGCAAUGCGUAAGCUGGCCGAAAAGGUGGCUGUUCUCGAUGUGUUUCCCAAAGUGGAGAUUGAUAAUCAGGCACGCAGCGAAAAGGGUGGAAUCCUCACUAUCCUCUUAACAUGUUUUCUACUUCUUUUGACCAUGAGUGAAUUCUCAGAAUAUCGCAAGAUUCAGACUCGUUAUCAUUUUCUGGUGGAUCCAACGAUUGAGUCGACAAUGCAGAUCAACAUGGACAUGACAAUUGCAAUGCCUUGCCCUGCGCUUAUGGUACACGUGUAUGAUGCUUCUGGACAAAGAAUCCAUCUUACCGACGGUCUCAAAUUGAUUCCUGCCGAGUUUUCUAUCGGCUCAGCCAAAAAAUACAGAGCCAUUGACAACCCAAAGUAUAUUCACGAGAUCAUUAAGGCUGCGAACGGAAAACCUUAUGAUGAAGAUAUAGCCAGGGAUAUGGGCGCAUGCCGUGUGUAUGGAUCGAUCAAGGCCAAUAAGAUUGCUGCCAAUCUUCAUAUUACAGCUGCUGGUCAUGGAUACCAUGGCGCAUCACAUACAGAACAUUUAGUCAUGAACUUUACCCAUCGAAUUGACGAGUUUUCUUUUGGAAAGCUCUAUCCAAAUCUUGUCAAUCCGCUCGACAACAGCGUGGAAAUUUCCGAAAGUCCAUUUGAGGUCUUCCAGUAUAUUCUAUCUAUUGUACCCACAACAUAUAUUGACUACAAACACAAUGUGCUGCUUACUAACCAAUAUGCAGUAACUGAUUCACGCAAGGCAUUCAGUGAAGAAAAGGCAGCCAACAUUGUUCCAGGCAUCUUCUUCAAGUACGAUAUUGAACCUAUUUCAGUCCAAAUCAGUGAAUCUCGCCAGUCAUUUGUUCAUUUUCUGGUGCGCUUGUGUGGUAUUAUUGGUGGAUCUGUCGUUUCCGUUGGGUUUGCUUACAGAGCAGUCAAAUUGUUUGUAACCGGUGGAAAAGAGGACCCCCAUCUGUACGCACCUGUACACAAUUUGAUGCAGCGUGUCUAAGAUGAACCAUUUCGUUUUUUUUGUUUGUUUUUGUUUUGCUUUUAUAUAUGUACAUGUAUAUAUAUACAUGUAUGUGCGCAUGCGACAGCUACUUAUUAUUUGUACUUUCUAUACAUACACACACACAUACAUAGCAUAAAACAGAAAUGCUAAAAGAAAUAAGGAGAAAAAGAAAAAGAAAAAGAAAUAAGAAAAAGACGAUACUAAAAGGUAAACACCGAUUAUUCUAGAAUUGAGGUCAAGGCCACCAAGAAUACUCCAAGAAAAAAGAAUGCCAAGACAUAAUGCUGGUGGACGUCUGCUUUGAUAGCUUGAGGAAGCAUACUCUACAAAAAUAUACACAUACACAUACACAUACAUAUACAUAAUUUACAGUGUUAUUGAAUUUGAUGUCAGUAGAAUACGAACAAACCUGAACAGUGAUCAAAGACAUCAUUCCGCUCACAACGCCAAAUGUGAUUCCAAAUAAAAGGUUUUCUUGUGUUUCAGAG